AUGGCUCCUGAAUCUCCAGACCAUGAGAUGGAUGUCGAUCGCCCCGAGGCCGAGAACGAUGUUACAGAGCAAAAGGUCAUCAAUGAAGAAUACAAGACGUGGAAGAAGAACAGCCCUUUCCUCUAUGACAUGAUCCUGAGUACUGCGCUGGAAUGGCCAACGUUGACAACCCAAUGGUUUCCCGAUGUUAAAGAAUUUAGGCCAGCAGGGAAGAACUACACCAUUCACCGUCUCCUCCUUGGUACCCAUACCUCAAAUGAUGCACAGAACUACCUUCAGAUUGCCACCGUUGAGUUGCCCAAAAAUAUCACACCCAACCCAAAUGACUACGAUGAAGAGCGAGGAGAGAUCGGCGGAUAUGGAGGCUCCUCGACUGGCGAACAAGCGGCAAUUAAGAUGGUCAUCGAACAGAAGAUUGAUCACCCGGGUGAGGUCAACAAAGCAAGGUACCAACCGCAGAAUCCCAACAUCAUUGCAACAAUGUGUCCGGAUGGGCGAGUGUUAGUAUUCGAUCGAACCAAACAUAGCAGUAUUCCAAAUGGUGUCGUGUCUCCACAGGCAGAGCUUGUAGGCCACAAAAAGGAGGGCUUCGGGUUGAGCUGGAACCCCCAUCCAGGCGAAAACGGGCACCUUGCGACUGGCAGUGGAGAUAGCACAGUGCGACUCUGGUAA